UGUAGGCAAGGGCUUCCCUGGAAGCUCCCACCCACUCUGCUCCCUAUAAAAGCAGGCAGAACAGCCACAAGAGCAGAGAGGCUGAGACCAACCCCGACACCUCCACCUCUCACACCAAAGCCCUCAUCUGGCACCACCAUGAAGGUCUCUGCCGUGCUUCUGUGCCUGAUGCUCACAGCAGCCAUCCUCAGCAUGCAGGUGCUUGCUCAGCCAGCUUCUGUCCCCACUACCUGCUGCUUUACCGUGGCAAACAAGAAGUUCUCCAUUCAGCGCCUGGAGAGCUACAGAAAGAUCACCGGCAGCAAGUGUCCCCAGAAAGCCGUGAUCUUCAAGACCAAACAGGACAAGGAGUUCUGCGCUGACCCCAAGCAGAAGUGGGUCAAGGACGCCAUCAAGUACCUGGACCAAAAACUCCAAACUCCGACGCCACAGUAAUCACCAAUUUGGAGACUAAACCAGAGACUGAGACGAAACUCAGAGAUGGAGAAAUGCUGGAUUCAGCUUCCCUUCCUAUGAUGCAUUCUGAAAUAAUCUCAUUAUCAUACGCAAAGGAAUGGGUCUUAUUAUGUAAUUAAAAACACAUUAUAUUUAAGUUAUUGGAAUUUUUUUAAAUGUAUCUUCUAUGAAUGUUUAAGAAUGAAUAUGUCAUUUUUUAAAUGUAAAGCUCUGAGUCGAUCGCUCGCCCUCUGUGAGCCCCAGCGAGUUCCCCUGUGAGGGUGAACCAUGAGACUCCUCUCCUGCCUACCUCCCUGGAUUCUUGUAAGGGUCCUGGAAAAGAUGAUCAUUGUGAAAUGCUGUGUAUUUUUAGGAGGACGCUGCUCUCACAAACCUAAGUUUAAUUCACAAUGCACAAUGUUCAAUGAAAGUUAAAUAUUGUUAA